AUGUCUUACCAGUAUCCUCCCCAUCCUCCUCAUCCUCCUCCUCCUCCUCACCCUUCUCAUCCUUCUGAUCCUCUCCUUCCCCCCAAUCCUCCCAAUCCUCCGACUACGAAUGCUCAGAAUACCCUUGACCCUGAAUCCUGGGUCAAAUUUGUCGUCGGUUCUUCAAGAGUCAAGUUCCAUGUCAGGGUCCGCUUGCUCAGCUGGCUGUCCCCAACGCUCAACCGCGAUAUGCUCUCUUUUCAAUCAGGAAACAAAGAAACAUGCCCCUCAUUGAACCUGCCCCCCGUCGGGGAGGAUACGUUUGUUCGACUUUGUGAAUUCGCCUUUUUAAAAACAAACUACUCGGUUCCGGAGCCUCGAUACAAACUGCCUUUGCCCGCCGAUCAAGAUGGGACCGGACAGUCAUUCUUGUCCAACACUUCUCGAUUUGAACCGAAAGAACUGACCCCCGCGGAGUUAUUGGAAAAGAGGAACCUUGCUCACGCCGACCGAUUGGCACUGCGGGAGUUGUGUCCCGAGAUCCCCAUGGAUUGUCUGCGGGAGCACGAACCAUACCGCAACACCCCGAGUCAGGAUUUUUCUGAGGUCUUCAAGGCCCACGCGGAUGUGUUUAUCGUGGCACAGAUAUAUGAAAUCGAGAGACUGAAGAUAGUUGUCCUCAACAACCUCGAGGGUGCUUUUGUCACGCUCACGAUGCAUCCCCUCAUCCUGGAGAACCUCGCCAAUCUGGCCUGGUAUGCGUACAGAUUUACCCCACGUGGGGCACCGGAUCAACGAAGCCUAUUUCGAGUGGUGGACUGCUUUCUUGUGUGGGAUAUCUCGAUGGGUCGAUGCCAGUGUAUGAGCAAGGACUAG